AUGAAUGCAUUUCGUGUUAGGCACCUUGAACAGGCUUUACAGCUGUACUACGCGCCUCACUCGACAGGGCAUCUUCCCUUGGAUCUCUUCCUGCGUCAUUACUACAAUUGCAACAAGAGCGUCGGAAGCAACGACAAGAAAUUCAUUACUGAACAUAUCUACCAAAUUGUCAAGUGGAAAGGUCUCCUGGACCACAUCACGCCCCCCCCAACCUCAUGGCCAAGCAGGAUACGUACAUACUUUGUAUCAGACAGGUGGAAACUGCAGACACAAAACAUCAAGCUGCCGCCCUCUACCAGGACUUCCUUCCCCAGUGAGCUGUUUGCUCGCAUCGAGAACGCCUAUGGGACGGUCAAAGCCAUCAAUAUCUGCAAUAUUCUUAACGAAGAGGCGCCUACAUACCUGCGGACGAACACCCUUGCAAUUUCACGUGAUCGGCUCUAUAGCUACUUGCUUAACAAAGGCAUUGCUGUGGAGAAGAGUGCCAAUUCGCCGUAUGCCUUAGUACUGCCUCACCGCCAGCGCCUAGGCGAUUUGCCAGAAUUCCAUAGAGGCUAUUUCGAGAUCCAGGAUGAAGCAAGUCAACUAGCAGCUCUAAAAGUCGCAGCAAAGCCGGGAGAUAAGGUCCUAGAUUACUGCGCAGGUAGCGGAGGGAAGACACUGGCUUUCGGCCCUCAAAUGGUGAACAAGGGAAAGAUUUAUCUGCAUGAUGUACGAGAAAGGAUGCUCCGGGAAGCGAAGAAGAGGCUGAAAAGAGCAGGAAUUACAAACUAUACAGUCCUAACACCAGGAGAUCCCGUUCUUCAGAAACUCGCCGGGGCAAUGGAUUGGGUUGUGUGUGACGUGCCUUGCACCGGCACUGGUGCCUUGCGGCGGAGUCCAGAAAUGAAAUGGAAAUACCGUGACGAUAAGCUCAUGGAUUUCAUUGCACUGCAACGCCAUAUCUUCAGCAGCGCUUUGCAGUAUGUCAAGCCAAAAAGUGGCAAGAUCGUCUACAUCACGUGCAGCAUUUUAGAUGAAGAAAAUGUCCAACAGGCCAAGUUUUUCUGCCAGCAGCAUGGGUUAGUCUUAAAUGAACCUCCAUUCCACUCGCUACCAACUUCUCGUGGAAUGGACGGCUUCUUUUGCGCAACAUUUUCCCGGCUCGAAUCUGAAUAG